UCUGCUUUAAAUUUAUCAGUGGAAAUCAAUUGUUUUUCAUUGGCGCGAAUUAUCGAGCGAUUUCCUAAAUUUAGGCAAUAUUUAAAAUUGACGAUUUAAAAACUAACAGUCAAAAUAAGUAAUUCAAAGGAGAUAAGUAUGCCACCGAAGUGUAAAUUUCAAGAAGGAGAAAAGGUUCUAUGUUUUCAUGGGCCAUUAAUAUAUGAAGCAAAAUGUCUAAAGUCCUCCAUUACUAAAGAAAAACAGAUAAAAUAUUUUAUUCAUUAUGCUGGAUGGAAUAAAAAUUGGGAUGAAUGGGUUCCGGAAAGUAGAGUACUUAAAUAUAACGAAGCAAAUGUACAAAGACAAAGAGAGGUUCAAAGAGCACAUUCAAAUCAACAAUCUGCUCAAAAAAAUAAAAAGGGCAGUACCUCAUCUAAAACACAAGGACGUAGAAGUGAAGGUGGACGUGAAAAGGAUACUGACAGCAGAGCUAGUACUCCUGUUGCAACAGUUGAUAAAGGUGUUAGUCGUUUUAAUAAAAGUACCAGUAGCAAUGUAACACCAUCAUCAUCUCAUGAUUCUACUUCAGAUGCUCCACGUAAAAAACGCAGCCGAUUAGAACCAUCUGGUGAAACAGAAGAAUAUCUCACUAAAGUGGAGGUUAAAAUUAAGAUUCCAGAAGAAUUAAAAUAUGUACUUAUAGAUGAAUCAGAAGUAAUAUUAAAACAUCAUAAAUUGCCUGCUUUGCCUGUGAAAAAUACAGUUGAUAAAAUUUUAGAUGACUAUGUAGAAUCAAAAUCAAUAGGAAAAAAUGAUUCUGUCAGGGAAAGUACAUUAGAAAUAACUAAAGGUAUUCGCGAAUAUUUCAAUAUUUCAUUAGGUUUACAAUUAUUAUAUAAAUGGGAACGUCCACAAUUUAUUCAAAUUAUGAAUGAUAAUCCUGAAACACUGCCAAGUCAACUAUAUGGUGCAUUUCAUUUAUUGAGGCUGUUUGGUACUAUUUUGAGACUUGGAGGAAUGUUAUCAUAUACUACAUUAGAUGAAAGAAGCAUACAAUUAUUAUUGUCUCAUUUUCACGAUUUCUUAUUAUAUUUACAAAAAAAUAAUACUGAACUUUUUAAUCUUCAACAAGAUUAUGCAGAUUCACCACCUGAUUAUCAUAGGAAAUAUGCUUAAGUUAUUAUAAACAUUGGAUAUUUUUAAUUGAAUUCAACAAUAUUAUUAUUAUUUUAUAUCCCAGACUAUAAGUACAGCAGCUGCAACAUUUGUUUAAAAAUUGUGUAUAUUGAUGCAUUAGAAAUAGUUCAGUAUAUAAAAAUAGGUUAUUAUAAGAACAUAUAAGAAUU